AUGUCAAAUUGUGUGGCAAAUAAACCUUAAACAACGUUAUUCCUUUGAAUAUCAAUGUUUUAUGUAUGAUACAAACCACCAAACAUGCCCUUAUACGAAGCCUCAAGUGACAAACUCAUCGUUGUACUGGACAUAGGAUCCGCUUACACCAAAUUCGGAUUUACCGGAGAAUUCUCACCAAGGUGCAUAAUCCGUUCUGAAGUUUAUUGUAAAAGAACGAAACGUGUAAGACGGAUAAUUGACUAUGAAGACUCUGAAGACCUGUAUGAUCUGCUUGUUGAAUUUCUCCAUAAGAUUUACUUUAAAUAUGCCUUAAUUAGUCCGAAAGAUAGGCCAAUUGUGGUCGUUGAAAGUCUCCUCUCUCCUACUUUGUUCAGGGAAACAUUAGCUAAGGUUUUGUUUGUGCAUUAUGAAGUGUCAAUGAUGUUAGUCUUACCAUCACAUUUAGUGGCACUUUCCAGCUUGGCUGUUGAAACAGCAUUGGUUGUUGACAUUGGAUACAAGGAAGGAGUUGUCAUACCCAUUUGUUAUGGUUUACCUAUUGUUCAAGCCUGGCAGGCUUUGCCCAUUGGAGGAGAAGCUGUUCACAAUAAUAUCAAGUCACUGCUCGACAGUGCUGGAAAUAGUGUGAAAAAUAUUCCUGAGUCAGUUCUGGAAGAUGUGAAAGUCAAGUGUUGCUUUGUAACUAAAAAAGCCAGGGCAGAACAGUUAGCCUUAUCCAAACCUGAAAUAACAGCAUGUCCAGAUGUUAAAUUUCCUUUGGCUGGCACUGAUACAUUACUAGUAUCAGGGAAAUGUAGGGAAAUGGCUUAUGAAGUUCUGUAUGAUGAAGACAAUGAUCAUUUAAGUUUAUCCACAAUGAUUUUGGAUGCAAUUUUGAAAGUUGAUAUGGAUUUGAGGCAACAACUGGCGGAAAAUUUAAUUCUCAUAGGAGGCACAACCAUGGUACCAGGUUUUAAAGCCAGACUAAAGGAGGAACUGCAGAAGCAAUUACAGUUUGAAAGGUACAAUACAUUGAAGAUUAACAAGUUUAAAUUCCACACAUUACCAUGCAAGGAAAACUUUGCAGCUUGGCUUGGAGGAGCAAUUUAUGGUGCAACAGAACUGCUGAACAUAAAUGGCUUGUCUAGGGAAAACUACAUUAAAGACAAACACUUACCUGAUUGGAUUAAUCUUAAGGACAACGUACGCACUUUAUAAUUUUUAUAUUAACUUUUUGUAUUAUAAAUAAGCAUAUAUAAUAAUACUAAUAUGAAGAAUUAUAUUUGAUAAGCUGAUACUUAUCGUACUUCUUUAUUAAUUUAUUAAUUUGUUACUUUAUGCAACAUUUUAUUUAUACAUUUUAAAAUAAAAAGAUUCUUUUCUUA